AGGUACAGCUAACUGUUUUGCACCCCUGAAAUUUAACUGGUACACAAUGUGUCUUUAGGGUAUAAUAUUGUCCAAAAAGUACAGCAUUUCAACGUGUUGUAUACCCAUAAAGGUAUCAAACUGAACCUUUAAGAGUACCACCCCAGCAACUGAAAGGGUACCUUUGUACCUUUUUUCUGUCAGUGAGUAGUGGUCUCUAUUACUGUUUUUGGUUAGUCUAUGCAGAAUUUAAACUGAGCAUUGCAGACUUCAUCUAAUCAGUAAGCUUUUAAGAUGGUGAUACUUUGCCACAGUGACCAGAGAGAUGCACAGCUGCAGUGGUGGAGUCACUUCAGAUCAGGUCUAAGGACAUAAUGGACGUUUCAAGUCCCAGUACUGAAGCUACUUCAAUGGAGUCCACUUCCAAACUGUUUUGCUGUCGAUCCAUAAGGCGUUGCAUCCCUCUGGUGUAUAGAGAGGAGCUUUACCACAUCCUGUGCAUGACUGGACCGUUGGUCACGUCACGCAUUUUGACUUUUCUUCUGCCAUUUGUAAUAACAAUGUUUUGUGGUCGUCUGGGAAACAGUGUGCUGGCUGGUUAUGGGAUGGCUUCAGCUACAAUAAACAUCACAACAGCGGCUACAGGAGGAGGCCUGGCAUUAGCAGCUGAUACUCUAAUAUCUCAGACCUUUGGUGGGAAAAACAUGUUGCGUGUUGGUGUCAUCCUUCAGAGAAGCGUCUUGAUUCUCCUACUUUUCUGUCUGCCCUGUUGGGCUUUACUCAUCAACACCCGUCCCAUUCUUCUUCUGCUGGGUCAGGACCCAGAGGUGGCCAGGAUAGCUCAACUCUAUGUGAUUUUUUACCUGCCAGCUGUUCCUGCUAUGUUUUUACAUCUGCUGCAAGUCGCCUAUCUCCAAAAUCAGGGUGUGAUCUUGCCUCAGAUGUAUGCAGCCAUUGUGGCCAAUAUUGCUAAUGUUGGAACAAACUACAUCCUUCUUAACUGGUUGGACCUUGGAAUAUAUGGGUCUGCUGCUGCUAACAGCCUCUCCCAGAUCUAUAUUUGUGGUCUCCUGUAUUUGUAUAUCCGCUGGAAGAAGUUACACAUUGACACGUGGGGAGGCUGGUCAUGUGAAUCACUUCAGGAGUGGGAUGGAUAUAUGAAACUGGCCAUCCCCAGUACAAUGAUGUUCUGCUUUGAGUCAUGGAUAUAUGAGGUUGGGGGUUUCUUAGCAGGCAUGCUGAGUGAGUUGGAUCUGGCAGCUCAACAUGCAGUUAUUAUGCUUGCUUUAAUAACCUACAUGUUUCCGAUGGGGAUUCAAGGCGCUGCAUGUGUUCGUGUGGGUAACGCACUUGGAGCUGGAGAUACUGCUGGUGCAAUCCGCACCUGCAAGGUGUUGCUCACCUGCACAGCGGUCUUGGCUGUUUUGCAAGGUCUUGUGUUAGUAGGGACAAAAUCAGUAAUUGGUUUCUUAUUUACGUCAGACAGGCAUAUUGUGGCGCUUGUUUCCAAAGUCUUAAAUGUCUACUCUGUACUUCAGUUUUUUGAUGCCCUUGGUUGUGUCUGUAUGGGUAUUCUCCUGGGGUCGGGUCAGCAGAAGAUUGCUGCUGCUGCUAACUUCUUUGGGUAUUACUGCAUUGGACUUCCACUCGGCUUUGCUCUCGUGUUCGCAGCAAAAUUAGACAUUGUUGGCUAUUGGCUGGGGCUGCUCAUCUGUGAAUGUUUACAGUCCAGCUUUUUCAUUGCAGUUAUUUUUAAACUUAACUGGGAGAGACUGACCGAAGAGGCAGUGGAACGAGCCGGAAAGAGUAAAGUCUCUGACACGACAACUCCAGAUAGUGUGCCAAACAACCUUAAUGGAGAUGAGUACACUGUGAGUUCUCAAGAUAAGAAUGAAGGACACAGUACUGUGGUACAUGAUGGUUUAGGAGUGGUUGAGGAAAAGGAGGAACCUACAGCGAGGCUCUCAACCUCUCAGAUCAUCAUCAGGAGGGGUCUGACUACUUUGGCUGCUCUUCUUAUUCUAGCUGUUGGUGUAGCUGUUCAUCUCAAUGUGCCUUUACCUGAAGUGUUAAAUAAGGGAAAUAUUACUUUGGACUCAAACCUUACCACAACUUCCCCUUUUAUAAUCAAUUCAACAUCAGUCUCAACUUCAUAACAGAAUGAUUUUUUAGCUUUAGUGCUUUUAGUGCUUGUAAUAGAUCUGAUCUCUUUAGUAUUUCAUUUGUUUCUGCAAUGAGACUAGUGGAGGGCUCCUGAGUCUCAUAUGAGGAAAAUACCUCACAUAAGAGAUUGCUACAAUAUGUUAAACUGUUCAAAUUGCACUUGCAAUGCUUACUAAUGAUGUUUUUGUCAGGUUUGCCUGAGCUUGUCAGGGAAUCAAAGGCAACUUAUUUAAUUUAAUCUUUCUCUCUCAAGAUUUAUGGGAUAGAAAGUCAUAUUAUUGAUAAUUUUUGGUUGAUCCACUUAUUUUUUUAUGUGUAUAAAUAAGUGACAUAAGUAUCAUAACAUAUUCUUCUUCCUGUUGCUUUUCUGUCUUCCGUUCAUGCAUGUUAUGAAUGAAUUAAAUGAAUAAAAAGAUUAUAAAUAGUCAUUAUCUUAAAAUAUUGUGGUCACCUUGAGGGAUGCUAUCUUUGUAUAGUACAAAUCAGGGACACUAAACCUUUAGAAUUAGCAUUACAGUGCUUUAAAUAAUGUAAUUGACUUGUUGCCUCACGGCCUCGUGAGGCAAUGACUUUGGAGGCAUGAAGGCAGCUCCGGGAAACGUAUUCGGACAGCCUUCAUAGGCAGCGUACUUGGAAUUUUGUUUAAAAUAUAAACAGGAAGCACCUUUGUGAUAUUUAUUUGAACACUUCAAUACUAAUUUAUUGUUAGAAAUGCAAUCAAAAUGUGUAAAAAAAUGAAAAUAUAACAAAAUUUGUGAUCCAGACACUUUUUUGGCCAUCAUUUUGUUUUUAAACUCGACCAGGCUUCGACCAAUCACAUUCAUAGAAUUGUGGGACAAGACGAUGAAGGUAGUCAGGAAGUAAACUAAACAUUGUAUCAGAGCCGGCGCCAGACCAUAACUAACAGGGGGGCAUGUGGCUUCCAACGGGGGGCACGCAAUUAGCAACAAUAACUUGCAAAAACAAGACAUUAAAACAACAAAUCCAGUGCAAGCACACACUCAUACAACUACAGACUGUCAGCUCAUUUCCCGUAUAAAGUGCAAAAGAUCACAAACUAUGCGCAAAAGUUAAACUAUUUUGAACUUUGACCGCGGCGUGAGCGCAUGCUGCGUGAGCGCAUGCUGCGUGAGC